UGGGGCUUCUCAUGGCGAGCAGGGGAAUAGCGAGGCGCCUGAUCGCGACAAUGCGCGCGCCGCCGCGGCAAUCGGCCUUCCAGCGGCCGCGAUGCCUCAGGAUUCCUCGUGAAAUCGCGGCGCUGGAGUCAAUGCGGCCGUUUCACAGCACUCUGGCGUCAUCGCGGCUGGUUUCCGGGCUCUCGAGCGGCGGAUUUCUACGUUUCGAAGGUGCUCGGAGGUCCUGCUCCACCGAGUCUAGCUCUAGUGACAAGAAUGAGAAGUCCUUCUUCGACGAGCGCGAGCAAUUGUCCGAUAUGAGCGAUGGAGAAGGGAGCUAUAGUGAGAGUGAGUCGAUGUGGAGCCACGACGAAGGAGAGGGUGGUGGUGGUGGCGACUCAGACCAGGGGUCGGAGUUUGAGGAGGGUGAUACGUUUCUCAACGACAACGAUCUCUGGGGCGAGAACGAGGGGAUGGAUGAAACACCUAGCAGUGAACUGAGCGAGAAGGAUACGGAAGAAAGUAAAGAGGUGGAGCAGCCUUCGGUCUCGGAUAGAUUGAUGGAAGAACUCGCGCGUGUUCUUCCCAAUGUUCCGGAGGACGCAGUGAAGAAGGCCGAGGAGAAGUUUAGGCAGCAGCAGGGGGAAGCUGGGCGGGUUCGUAAGGAAGCCGGCGCUUAUCUCAGAGCGAUGAAGAAGGAGUACGACUCUAGAUCGUUAGUCCAGGACGAGCACUGCAAGAAAGUUCAUCAGAAGCUGUCCAUGCUAGCACCGGAUCCGGAUGGGAGGUACCGGAGCUUGAUGGAGGUGGUGUCGGACAUAGACGUUCUACUGGAGGCGUACAGGAGAGUCAAGGCGGGUCCAGGUGGCGAUCCAUCGAAAGUUCCUCUGGACAACGUGAAUAUGGACUGGUUCCACAACACUCAAGCCAAGCUUAGAAACGGGACGUUCAAGCUGAGCCCGAUCAAGGUGGUGGAAAUUGAGAAGCGGGAGCUAAGCGGGAUCGAGAGGAAACGGAAGCAGUAUCAUCGUUUCCACAGGAAGCACCGGCAGCCAUACUGACGAGCGUAAGAUCUGGUUUGGCUGGAUUUCUGGGGCUAACUUGGAGGUGUAAACAAAAGCAGGACGCAUUGUCAGCUAUGUUAGCCCACCUUAAGUGUCGCUUCUUGCGUUCUUGACGAAGGCUUGUCAACCAGUAGACUGAUCGAUUCGCGAACUAUGUCAGCCCUCACUGAAGAUGGAGCGUGGCCACACCAGCACGACACACAUCCGCUGCGAGGUUUACUACAUUGGCUCUUCCCCUCUCUCGCUCUUUCCUUUUUAAUGGAUUUCUCUACUUUUCAAUCCGACUGCUACUGCUGAGUCUCCGCUCGCUC